AAUUUUGAUAUGGACUUCCAUGGCGAAUUGCCUUUGUGCCAAAGUUCGUGGAAUUCUCGAAGACGAAGGCUGAUUUUUCCCUAAUAUUUAUUUGGAUCCGAUGUCGGAAAUUCAACUCUGAUGACAGCGUUAAUUACGGUUUGUUUAGUCGGUCGUUUUCCCCAGAUCCAUGGCACUGUAUUAAUCUAAAAUCGCAUCACAAUCUGGCCCUGCAUUGUAUUGAGUGGAAGCUACGGGAAUUUGGGGCUGGCGUUUUGAGUUUACAGGACCAAUUGAGGGUUUUUGCUUCGAAUUGAAGCUUAGGUGCUUGUCUUGAUUACCUUUGAAUUGGAUGGAUCAUUGUGGCUGCUGAUUAUUGUUGGUACUGGUGAACUGUUGGAGAAGUUUUUGCUUCAAUGGUGGCUUCUGUGAAGCUAUAAAGCUUAUGCAGAAUGUUUGGAAGAGAAAUUUUUUGUUGUAGGUUUUGCUAUCUAAGAUAUAUAUUGUGUAGAGGUAGUUUAGGUUAGCAGUAGCAGCCAUGGUUUCAGUUUCGCCCAAAGAAUGGUCUAAAAUUGCCUAUCCAAAGGCUCUUUUAUCUAUUAUUGCUGCUAUUGGAGGGCUUGCUGUAUUUUUAAUGCUUGCAUCGACCGUGUUGGUGCAACAACCCCUUGAUCAUGAGUCAGUGCCCUCCUUUGGGUAUUCGGCAUAUGAAUCCAGUCGAAUUGUUGAUUCAGAUUGUGAUCUUUAUAAUGGAACAUGGAUUCAAGACAACACGGGACCUCUGUACACGAAUAACUCCUGUCCCAUUAUCACUCAGAUGCAGAACUGUCAAGGAAAUGGAAGACCAGACAAAGAUUAUGAGAACUGGAGAUGGAAACCAUCCCGGUGUGACCUCCCUAAGUUUGAUCCGAAAAAGUUUUUGGAGUUGAUGAGAGGGAAAACUUUAGCUUUUAUUGGUGAUUCAGUUGCAAGAAAUCAGAUGGAAUCUAUGCUGUGUAUUCUAUGGCAGGCUGAAGUUCCUAAGAACCGAGGUAAUAAGAGAAUGCAGCGGUACUAUUUCAGAUCCACGUCUACAAUGAUUGUUCGCAUAUGGUCCUCCUGGCUUGUUCAUCAAACACCCGACCCAAUUGAUUUUGCUCCUGCUGGUGUGGUUAAGCUCCACCUCGAUGCUCCCGAUGAGAUCUUCAUGCAGUAUAUCACAGAGUUUGAUGUGAUUGUUCUCUCCUCUGGUCACUGGUUUGCCAAACAGUCGGUCUACGUACAGAACAACGAGAUUGUGGGAGGACAGCUGUGGUGGCCCGAUAAUUCCAAGCCACAAAAGAUCAACAACAUUGAUGCUUUUGGAGUAUCUGUCGAGACAAUUCUUACUGCUCUGGGCACGCAUCCGAAUUACACUGGUGUUACAAUCGUCCGAAGUUUUUCGCCGGAUCAUUACGAAGGUGGAGAAUGGAACACUGGGGGAUCGUGCACUGGAAAGACUAAGCCUGCCUCAAAAGCUGAAUUGGCCGAAAAUGCCUUCACCAAUAUAAUGCACGAGAAACAGGUGACAGGUUUCCAUCGUGCAGUUAAGAAAAAGACUAACAAAUCGAAAAUGGUGUUGAUGGAUAUCACGGAAGCCUUUUCCUAUCGGCACGAUGGCCAUCCAGGCCCGUAUCGAAGCCCGGAUCCUAAUAAGAUCACUCAGAGGGGCCCUGAUGGCAGGCCCCCACCGCAGGAUUGCUUGCAUUGGUGCAUGCCAGGUCCAGUCGAUACAUGGAAUGAGCUUGUGCUUGAAACUAUACGAAGAGAAUUCGAUGACAAACAGAACAAUUCAUCUUGAGGGUUCCUCAGUAUUUGGUUUUAGUUAAACAUGGUUUCAAUCAUUUGAUAGAGAGAAAUACGUAUUUAUACCACAUCAUAGAUCAUCAGUUGGUUCAUAAAUGAUAGUCUUGUCCCUAUUGUAAGCUGGAUCGUCUUCACAUAUGUAACGAGCAUCUCACAUUCGUAAUUAUUCAGUUUCUACUUUGAGCGAGUA